CGCGCCUCUGUCGCCCCCUGUCGUUGACCGUUAAAACUCCACCUCUCCGCCUCCUGUCGCUGUUGUCUCGCCUCCUGUGUGUGGUGUGUGCCAGCACGGAAAAUGGCGCUUACUUCCCAAGGAACAAAGAAAAAAGUUUGCUACUACUACGAUGGUGAUGUUGGAAACUAUUACUACGGCCAGGGCCAUCCCAUGAAGCCCCACAGAAUCCGCAUGACGCACAACCUGUUGCUCAACUAUGGCCUCUACAGGAAGAUGGAGAUAUAUCGCCCACACAAAGCCAGCGGAGAGGAGAUGACCAAGUAUCACAGUGAUGACUACAUCAAAUUCCUGCGCUCAAUCCGACCAGACAACAUGUCAGAAUACAGCAAACAGAUGCAGAGAUUUAAUGUGGGAGAGGACUGUCCAGUGUUUGACGGUUUGUUCGAGUUCUGCCAGCUCUCAGCAGGGGGCUCCGUUGCUGGUGCCGUCAAGCUAAACAAGCAGCAGACAGAUAUUGCCAUCAACUGGGCUGGAGGUCUGCAUCACGCCAAGAAGUCUGAGGCGUCCGGAUUUUGCUACGUCAACGACAUCGUCCUGGCUAUUCUGGAGUUACUGAAAUACCACCAGAGAGUUCUGUACAUAGAUAUUGACAUCCAUCAUGGAGAUGGUGUGGAGGAGGCUUUCUACACAACAGACCGAGUCAUGACCGUGUCCUUCCACAAGUAUGGAGAGUACUUCCCUGGCACCGGUGACCUCAGGGACAUUGGCGCUGGGAAGGGUAAAUACUAUGCUGUGAAUUACCCACUGAGGGACGGCAUUGACGAUGAGUCAUAUGAAGCCAUAUUCAAACCCAUUAUGGCCAAGGUGAUGGAGAUGUACCAGCCCAGUGCAGUGGUUCUCCAGUGUGGAGCUGAUUCUCUGUCUGGAGACAGGCUUGGUUGCUUUAACCUCACCAUAAAAGGCCACGCUAAGUGUGUGGAGUACAUGAAGAGCUUCAACCUGCCGCUGCUGAUGUUGGGUGGAGGAGGUUACACCAUCCGUAACGUGGCACGCUGCUGGACAUAUGAGACUGCUGUAGCCCUGGAUAGCUCCAUCCCUAAUGAGCUCCCAUAUAACGACUACUUUGAGUACUUUGGGCCAGACUUCAAGCUGCACAUCAGUCCCUCCAACAUGACCAAUCAGAACACCAACGACUACCUGGAGAAGAUCAAGCAGCGCUUGUUUGAGAACUUGCGUAUGCUUCCUCAUGCCCCUGGAGUUCAGAUGCAGGCCAUCCCAGAGGAUGCUGUACAGGAGGACAGUGGAGACGAGGAGGAGGAGGAUCCCAACAAGCGCAUAUCCAUCCGCGCUCAUGACAAGAGGAUAGCGUGCGAGGAGGAGUUCUCUGACUCUGAGGAUGAAGGUGAAGGAGGCCGCAGAAACGCAGCCAGCUUCAAGAAAGCCAAGCGGGUCAAAACCGAAGGAGAGAAAGAGGGAGAAGAAAAGGAGAAGAAAGGUGAGGAGGAAACAAAAGAAGUAAAGGAAGAAGAGAAGGUGCCAGAGGAGGAGAAAAUGGACACAUCCAAGCCUAAAGAGGAGUCCAAGACACCAUAAGGUCCUCAGCACCCAGUGAUGUCAAUACAACCGAUUGCAAUGGAUCUAAAAUCAAGAUUAUUCGAAUAAAUCAUCUUUGCAGACUGCCACUGUGGAAACGGUGGACUCUCAAGUGAGAUCUUACCCCCUUAAAAUGGGAUGUUUUAUGCUGUUUUUCUAGGACACUUUUUUUAACCUUGCUGUUUAUGGACUGAAGUAAAAUUUUUGAGUAUUGUUUUUGUAUACUUUCUUUAUUUUGCGUUGACUCUUUUUUGAUGCUAUGUUACUUGUUUCUUCCCCAGUGAACAACUGUUAAAAAAAAAAAAAAAAAAUAGCUCAGCACGUCUGCUUUUAUAUAUCUGAUGGAUUUAACUUAUUUAAAUCAUAGAUAUUUUGGCUACUUUAUUUUAUGUCUUUCAGUUCCACAUUUGUCCUGUGCCUUUGAGUAUGUAGUUUAAAGCAUGUUGGUACAAUAGAUCCUUUUCUGUAAUAUAUUUGUGGCACUGGUCUUAUCUGCCGUGGUCAGUGAGGGGGUUUUGUAUUCAUGAACAGACUUAUAAGUAAAUUACAUUCUUCUAUUUUAGGUUAUGGUUUAGUACGAUUUCUUUACCAACGUGUUGACUUGUUUGGCAAAUGUCCGCCCUGCAAUGUUGAAAACAUUCUGACUCUCAAUGAUACUGGGUGUCAGUCCCCCCCUGAAUGUCUAAUGCGAGACAAGACCAGUGUCAGAAUUCAUAUGUUGUAAAUAUUUGUAUUCUGAAAAAGUUAGUAAAAGUACUCGAUAAAUAA